AACCAAACCUGCCUUCAGAAAGACUCACUAAAAGAAAAACCAUCCGAACCCGCCGCUGCUUGCCCCGCUGGCUGCUGGGUAACGGUCCAUGCAAAUUAGCGCCGCCGGACUCGGCACCUCCCGCAGCCAGCGCCUCUCGCGUUCAGGCAGCGCCGCGGACAGCCCGAGGGGGCGGCGCGGGGGCCUCGCGCGGCGGGAGGCGGCUGAGGGCGGGCGGCGGAGAGCGGCCGCCGCCGCCCCGGUGUCACCCGCGGAGCCUCCCGCUGCCCCCCACAGCCGUCAGACCCCCUCCCCGCCUCCACCUCACCCCUCCCCGCCUCUCCUGCGGCGGGCCCGGCGUCCCCCGCCGUGAGGGAACCGCCGCGGUGCGAGGCCUGUUCCCCGCCGCGUCCUCAGAGGCCUCUGUGUGUCCCCCGCUCCAUCCCCGACACCGCCCCCACGGCUCGGUCUCGCUUCCAGCGAGGGGCGACGGCUGUUUGCCCGCUCGGGGAGCCGGGCCCGGCGGUGCCAUGGACCUGGCGUAUGUCUGCGAGUGGGAGAAAAAGCCGAAAAGCAACCACUGCCCGUCCAUUCCCCUGGUGUGCGCCUGGUCCUGCAGGAACCUCAUCGCUUUCACCACAGACCUCAAAAACGAGGAGGAGAAAGAUCUCACCCAUAUGAUCCACAUCAUCGACACUGAGCAUCCCUGGGACGUCUAUUCUGUUAACUCUGGCCAUGCUGAAGUCAUCACUUGUUUGGAGUGGGAUCAGUCAGGCUCCAGGCUGCUCUCAGCAGAUGCAGAUGGCCACAUCAAGUGCUGGAGCAUGACUGAUCACUUGGCCAACAGCUGGGAGAACACCGUGGGCAGUAUGGUGGAAGGGGACCCGGUUGUGGCACUGUCUUGGCUGCACAAUGGCGUGAAGCUGGCUCUGCACGUGGAAAAGUCUGGAGCAUCCAACUUCGGUGAGAAGUUCUCCAGGGUGAAGUUCUCUCCAUCACUGACACUGUUUGGUGGGAAGCCCAUGGAGGGUUGGAUUGCUGUGACCAUCAGUGGGCUGGUGACUGUGUCCCUCCUCAAGCCCAACGGGCAGGUGCUGACGUCCACGGAGAGUUUGUGCCGCCUCCGCUGCCGCGUCGCUCUGGCAGACGUCGCCUUCACUGGCGGGGGGAACAUUGUGGUGGCCACGUCAGAUGGCAGCAGCACGUCCCCAGUCCAGUUCUACAAAGUCUGUGUCAGUGUGGUGAAUGAGAAAUGCAAAAUAGACACUGAAAUCCUGCCCUCCCUCUUCAUGCGCUGCACCACGGACCCUGCCCGCAAAGACAAGUACCCAGCAAUCACACACCUGAAAUUCCUCGCCCGGGACAUGUCAGAGCAGGUGUUGCUUUGUGCAUCCAACCAAAACAGCAGCAUCGUGGAGUGUUGGUCUCUGCGGAAAGAGGGCUUGCCAGUCAACAAUAUCUUCCAGCAAAUCUCUCCUGUAGUUGGAGACAAGCAGCCCAUGAUCCUGAAGUGGAGAAUCCUUUCUGCCACCAAUGACCUGGAUCGGGUUUCGGCUGUGGCUCUGCCCAAGCUGCCCAUCUCCCUGACCAACACUGAUCUGAAGGUGGCAAAUGACACCAAAUUCUUCCCUGGAUUGGGUCUGGCUUUGGCCUUUCACGAUGGCAGUGUGCACAUUGUCCAUCGCCUGUCCUUACAAAUGAUGGCUGUGUUCUAUGGCUCAUCCUCCCAGCGCCCUGUGGACGAGCAGACAAUCAAAAGGCAGCGAACUGCUGGUCCUCUUGUUCACUUCAAAGCCAUGCAGCUCUCCUGGACCUCUCUGGCCUUGGCUGGCAUUGAUAGUCAUGGGAAGCUGAGCAUGCUUCGCAUCUCCCCCUCAAUGGGCCACGUGCUGGACAUGAACAUGUCCCUCCGCCACUUGCUGUUCCUGCUGGAGUAUUGCAUGGUGACUGGCUAUGACUGGUGGGACAUCCUGCUCCAUGUGCAACCCAGCAUGGUCCAGAACCUGGUGGAGAAGCUGCAUGAGGAGUAUAUGCGCCAGAACGCUGCCCUGCAGCAGGUCCUCUCCACACGUAUUGUUGCCAUGAAGGCUUCUCUCUGCAAGCUCUCCUCCAGCACCAUAGCCCGUGUCUGUGAUUACCACGCUAAGCUGUUCCUCAUUGCCAUCAGCUGCACCCUCAAGUCGCUGCUACGCCCACACUUCCUCAACACCCCGGACAAGAGCCCCGGGGACCGUCUCACUGAGGUCUGCUCCAAGAUCACUGAUAUAGACAUUGACAAGGUGAUGAUUAACCUGAAGACAGAAGAGUUUGUCCUGGAGAUGACCACAUUGCAGUCCCUGCAGCAGCUCAUCCAGUGGGUGGGAGAUUUUGUGCUCUAUCUGCUGGCCAGCCUCCCAAACCAGGGCUCUCCUGUGAGGCCAGGACACAGCUUUCUGCGAGAUGGAGCCUCCUUGGGCAUGUUCAGAGAGCUGAUGGUCGUGAUCCGCAUCUGGGGACUGCUGAAGCCAAGCUGCCUCCCUGUGUACACAGCAACCUCUGACACUCAGGACAGCAUGUCCCUCCUCUUCAGGCUCCUAACCAAGCUCUGGCUGUGCUGUCGUGAGGAAAAUCACAUCACAGAGCCAGAUGAUACCCUGAUAGAUGAGUGUUGCCUCCUGCCCAGCCAGUUGCUCAUUCCCAACAUUGACUGGUUGCCCAUCAAUGAUGGCAUCAUCAGCAAGCUGCAGAACAAGCAGCUCGUGCGCCUGCAGUUCGGGAAGGCUCCUGGGCUCGUGGGUCACACUGUCUCAUCCCAGUUUGAUGCUUUUGUCAGAGCUCCUGGACAGCCCAAAAUCGAUCACCUGAGGCGGCUGCAUUUGGGUGCCUACCCCACAGAAGAGUGCAAGUCCUGCACCAGGUGUGGCUGUGUCACCAUGCUGAAAUCCCCAAACAAAGUCACAGCGGUGAAGCAGUGGGAGCAGCGCUGGAUCAAGAACUGCUUGUGUGGGGGGCUGUGGAGGAGGAUGCCUCUCAGCUAUUCCUGAGCUGUUCCUGAGCAAGGAGAGACAAGUUUGGGACAAAGGAACUGUGGUGAUGCUUCUGCUGAGCUCUGGGGAAGCCUCAUCCCACGCUGCUGGUGAGUCCUGCCAUCCUGCUGCCGUGAGGAGGAGGGGAAGGGAGCUCUUCCUCCUUGGCAGGAGGCAAUGCCAGAGGUUUCCCUUUGGGCUGGGUGCCAAUAUGAGCCUUUUCCUGAGCAGGGGGUUUGGCUGUGGGUGAUUUGACACAGACCUCAGUGACUGGGGGUGGGGAAAAGACCUGGUGCCUUGUAUUCCUCCAUUGCUGCUUGGGAAGUGCAGGGGUGCUGGUUACUCCCUGUUCCUUGCUCUUCUCCAGCCUCAGAGUUAAGUCUCCCCUCUGAUGGGAGCCUUCAGUGUCACACUCACCUGUGCCUUAACAGGGAGGAUGAGUGUGUUGCUGCCUGGAGCAAUCCCCCCUGUUUGGCUCUUUUGUAAAUAAAAGUUCCCUUAGUUUUGCACAGAAGGGUUGGUUUCUUUACAAAGCUCCAACAGACUUUCAUGUGACUUUAGCUGUAAGAUGCCUGGCCAGGAGGGUUGGUGCACAAGCAGAGGAGGAGCAGGAAAGCUCUGGUUGCUGCAUCUCUGCUGGGAAAGGAGCUGCAUUCCACUGCAGAAUCACAAAUGGGAAUGAUAAUCAGAAGGAACUAAGCUUUCAAGUUCCUGUUGGGUUAUUAAGGACCCAGGAGAAGACAAGACAGCAGGGCAGGAGGGGUGUUGUAAAUCUGCAGUGGCAGACAGCACCUGGGAGGAGCACUGCUGGUGUUCAGCACCUUCCCAAGCUCUGUGUGCUGUGCCAGAGUGCAGCAGAGUCACUUGGGGCUGAUGUGAGGCUCUGCCAAACUCCUGCCCAGACCCACGACAGCCAGGGAUCCCCAGAGACCCUUUAAGGGAGAGAACAAGCCCAUUUGUUACCCUCUUCCCUCUAGAACUGUGUUUUCAUCUGUUAGUGAUGAAUUGAGGCAAAGAGCUUGUCCCUCAGCUCCAGUAAAGGUUUUGCUGUGUGGAGCUGGCCCUGCCUGACUCUGCUGCUGCUAACUAAGGAAACCAACUGCCUGAUGAGGAAACUACACCUCCUUGUUAAGAUGCAUCCCCUGGAAGUAAAGCUGUGCUCAGCCUGG